AUGAUAUUUGAAUAUACACUAUCUUUAAAUGAUAAAAUAAGGAGAGCGUUAACUUAGAAACAUUUAACGAAUUAAAUACAAAAAAUUAAAUUGAGAAAGCCAAAACAAGAAAUUCAUUAUUCUGUACAAUCUUAAUUUCGAAGAUUAGAAAAUGAGAAAUGGACAGAAAUAUUUUAAGAGAAUCAAAAAAUUCAUUAAAAUUUAACAAAUGUUAAAUCAGUAUUGAAUACUACUACUGACACAAUAGAGUUUUAGACAAUAAAAAGAUUAAAUACUUAGAAUAAAACUACUUGUACAUUACCAAAAUUAAAACCAAGAUGUAAUUCAUCAUAAAGAUCAUGA